GCAACACAAGUCACUUGCAUCCAGAAGUAUUAUAAUUCAAAUAAUUUCAUUCUCAUACAAGUCCUUUCAGAUCAAUACAUUUUUUUUGCGUGAAGAACAAAAAGCCAAUGGGUUUCCGCAUACCAGGUAUUAGAAGGGCAUCAAUUAGUACAACUCAAGCAGCUUCAAAGGGGAGUGAAGUCCCAAGAGGCUAUCUUGCAGUCUACAUUGGAGAUAAAAUGAAGCGGUUCAUAAUUCCUAUCUCAUACUUGAACCAACCAUUGUUUCAAGAAUUAUUAAGUCAGGCAGAAGAAGAAUUUGGGUAUGAUCAUCCAAUUGGUGGUCUUAGAAUUCCAUGCCUUGAGGAUGAGUUCCUAAAGCUCACCUCUCUCUGGAAGGAGUUGUAAAUCAUUUAGACAGAGAUAGAUUAGCUGAGGCAAAUGUACAGAAGGCACUUUCUUUUUAUUGUAAAGAUUUUUCAUUUAAUCUCUUCUUUUUGUCAUUCCUUUGGAAUUGUAAAAAUUUAUUGCAAUGAGAAAGUUAUUAUACAACAAUGUU